UUGCGAUUAUGGAGAGUUGCACGUGUGUAUUCUAGUUCUGCGAAGCAUACACAUUUCAGGGAACGGUAGAUUAUGCAAAGUUCUAACCAAGAAGUGACUUAACUUGGGUCAAUGGACAUCUGCAUACGUCAGGUGGUAAUUAUCUUCGUUGUGCAACUCAUUCCCAAAUGAAAUUAAUUUCAUGACAUUUAUAGCUCUCCCAUGACGAACGCCAACCCCUUACAGCACUUAAAUUAACUUCUACAUCAUGAUAAUUACAAUUGUACAAUUAAUGCUUCUAACCUUUCCCAUCCAGGUGAUAUUUCAUUUAAUUGUUCUUGCAAAUCCACCCCGGACUAUCAUGUCGUCGGGUCAUCGACGUCUCCCCGCAGCCACAUCAGCAAAUAAACAAAACGGAAAAAAACGUGGUCAGUCAUACCAACUAGACCUGCUGAAGAAGGCAUAGUCAGGGGGUGCGCAUUAGACAGAUUACGAUCGGCCCGCCCAUUAAGAUACCGGCUUCGUUCGUGUCUUCCUCCGCAAGCAACGUGUGAUGCCUUGAUGAGUUCGGGAAUCAUAAUCUAGCCCGCCGCCGUUGUAAAGUGAUGGAAGCCCUCUCCGCUUGUGGUCGUUGUUGUUGGAGUAUAGAGCGAUAGCAGAAUGAGUUAUGUUUAGCAAAUGCUUCUAACCCUUUCGUGGACAGAGUUGUUUUAUCGUCAGAGUGAGAUAAGAGUUUUUGUUACGCACAAAUUUCGAUGCGUUGAAAACCGCAAACCACACGCACAAACAAAUUUCGUUCAUCGAAAAGUGAGGUUAGACGACACAUUUUAUUGAGCUAUAUAAAGAUGGUAGCGUAACAGCUUCGAGUCAAACCUCAUCGUAAGCUUCUUCGAAACGCAAUGUCCGGAAACCGUAAGCUAUUGGCGCUUCUCCAGCGUCCUUUGGAGCCCACUUUCUACCCAAAGGACAACGGUACAACGGUGAUCGAUCUACCCGACAGUUACUUCACCGAACGCUACCGCCCGAUCGGAGAGUCCCUGCAGAACCGCUUUGGAAACGACGCCGAGAAUCGGAUCGCAGUGCGCAAUGUUGGCACGCCAAACAUUACGUUCGCGGAAGCGAUCGAUCGUCGCGGAGGGUUCUCGCUGUUCAACGAGAAGCACCGGAAGAUUGCCGGUGAUCUGAUUGGACUGUUCCUGAGCCAACCCGACGUGGACUCGUUGAUGGCCGUGGCCGCCUACUCUCGGGACCGCCUGAACCCGGUUUUGUUCCAGUACGCACUAUCGGUAGCGAUCCAGCAUCGUCCCGAUACGAAGGAUCUUAACGUACCGUCGUUCUUGGAGCUGUUUCCGGACUCGUUUGUGGAUCCGGCCGUGUUUCCCAGACUUCGCGAGGAAGGUGCCGUCGUUCAGCAGGCGAACCGGAUGACGAUCGACAUCCCGCAAAACUUCACCGCGUCCGAUCGCGAGGACGAGCAACGGUUGGCGUUCUUCCGCGAGGACGUCGGCGUUAACCUGCACCACUGGCACUGGCAUCUGGUGUACCCGGGUGAAGGGCCCGACCAGGUCGUCCGCAAAGAUCGUCGCGGUGAGCUGUUCUACUACAUGCACCAACAGCUGAUCGCUCGCUACAACGUGGAACGGUUCUGCGCCAAGCUGGCCCGCGUGCAGCCGCUGAACAAUCUGCGGCAACCGCUUCCGGAAGCAUACUUCCCGAAGAUUAUCCGGAGUGCGAAUAACCGUGCGUUCCCAGCGAGACCGCAGAACCAGCAGCUGCGAGAUUUGAAUCGAGUGGCGGACGAUGUUAUAUUCACGGUGAGCGAUCUGGAACGCUGGGGAAGCCGCAUUGCGGAGGCCAUCGACGCUGGGACGGUGCUUGGGCAAAACGGACAACGAGUACCGCUAACUGAAGCAAACGGUAUUGACAUCCUCGGCAACAUCUUGGAACCUUCCAAGUUGUCGGUUAAUCAGCAGUUCUACGGAAACUACCACGGUAAUCUGCACAACCUCAUAGCCUACAGUCACGAUCCGGACAAUCGCUUCCUGGAGGGAUACGGCGUUGUUGGGGAGUUCCAGACGGCUAUGCGGGAUCCGGCAUUCUACCGGUUGCACUGCGAAGUAGACAACCUGUUCCACCGGUACAAGGCCACACUUCCAGUUUAUCCACCAGCCCAACUCAACUUUAACGGAAUCCAGAUUCAGUCACUUGCCGUUACGCUGAACCGACCAAAGGCACCUCCGAAUGUCCUGCUAACCUACUGGCAGCGUACGCAGGUUGAUUUGGCAUCCGGGUUGGACUUUGGACCGGAAGGAAACGUGUUCGUGUCGUUCACCCAUCUUCAGCACGCUCCAUUUGCGUACCGUUUGACCGUCAACAACAGUACCGGGACACCACGGCGCGGAACCUGCCGAAUCUUCAUCGGUCCCAAGGUGGAUGAGCGCAACACGCCCCUGACGUACAAGGAGCAACGCAUUCUCAUGGUUGAGCUGGACAAGUUUGGCGUUACAUUAAACCCCGGUUCCAACGAUAUCGUUCGCCGUUCGGAGCAAUCCAGCGUGACCAUUCCGUACGAGAGGACGUUCCGUGCGGCUCAACUGUCCGGCAAUGCUGCAUCGCCAGCGGAGGCAGCCUAUCGGUUCUGCAACUGCGGAUGGCCCCACCAUCUCCUGUUGCCGAAGGGAACGCCCGAGGGACUCAAGUUCGACCUGUUUGCGAUGAUCUCGGACUACGCCGGCGAUACGGUGAACCAGGAGUUUGAUGAGAAUGCCAACUGUAGCGAUUCGCACUCGUUCUGUGGACUGCGGGACCGACUGUAUCCGGAUCGUCGCGCUAUGGGUUAUCCGUUCGAUCGGAACGCUCCGGCCGCGGUGCGGACGCUGCAGGACUUUACCCGAGCGAACAGCAACAUGGCGGUUACGGACGUGAAUGUUCGCUUUACCAACACCGUGAUUGCCAGAACUUGAACACGUACCAAAUAAAAUAAAGUUGAA